AAUAUGCAUCUAAGGCGGGUGAGGACCAUGCCCCGACACAGCCAGUCCCUGACCAUGGCACCCUAUUCUUCUGUGAGCCUGGUGGAGCAGCUGGAAGACAGGAUCCUCUGUCAUGAGAAAACCACGGCAGCCCUGGUGGAGCAUGCCUUCCGCAUCAAAGACGACAUCGUCAGCAGUUUGCAGAAGAUGCAGAACAAAGGGGGAGGCGACCGCUUAGCCAGGCUGUUCUUGGAAGAGCAUAUCAGGAAUAUAACUGCCAUCGUGAAGCAACUGAAUCGGGAUAUCGAGGUUCUCCAGGAGCAGAUCCGUGCCAGGGACAACAUCAGCUAUGGAACGAAUUCCGCCUUAAAGACGCUGGAGAUGCGCCAGCUCUCUGGCUUGGGAGAUCUCCGAGGAAGAGUUGCGAGGUGCGAUGCCAGCAUAGCCAGACUCUCGGCAGAGCAUAAGACAACCUACGAGGGCCUCCAGCACUUGAACAAGGAGCAGCAAGCAGCCAAGCUGAUCCUGGAAACAAAAAUCAAAGACGCAGAAGGACAGAUUUCUCAGCUUUUGAGCAGAGUGGACUUGUCCAUUUCAGAGCAGAGUACCAAACUGAAGAUGUCCCACAGAGACAGCAACCACCAGCUUCAGCUCCUGGAUACUAAAUUUAAAGGUACAGUCGAGGAGCUCAGCAACCAGAUUUUAUCUGCCCGGAGUUGGUUGCAACAAGAACAAGAACGGAUAGAGAAAGAACUUUUACAGAAAAUUGAACAUCUUUCCUUGAUUGUUAAGGAAAACAGUGGAGCCAGUGAGAGAGACAUGGAGAAAAAACUCAGCCAGAUGUCAGCCAGGCUUGACAAGAUCGAAGAGAGCCAGAAGAAGAACGUGGAAGGACAGAGAACGAAGCCGGAAGAGGAGAAGGUGCAUGGGCGGAUCAGCAAACUGGAGUUACAGAUGAACGAGGACAUGAAGGAAAUGAAAGCAGAGGUUAAUGCUGGGUUUACAGCCAUCUACGAAAGCAUAGGAUCCCUGAGGCAAGUGCUGGAGGCCAAGAUGAAGCUGGACAGGGACCAGCUACAGAAGCAGAUCCAGCAGAUGCAGAAGCCAGAAACUUCCAUGUGAAGAGGGCUGGGACGAGGACCUGGCAGGAGAAGAGAUUGCCUGUGGAGCUAAGAACCAGACACCUCUGCAGCCGGAUCAUGGCUGCAUGCUGGAUCCCAUUCAGGGUGUGCAUGUGCCAAGAAACAUGU